UAUCUAUCUUACUCCGCUUCAAAAUCUCAUAUAUUCAGAGAUUUAUAUUUGAUUCUUGAGAUAUAACCCGAUUACAUAAAUGUGUUGUUUCGAGAUGACUAGUAGUACCAUCUAAAUAAUGGAUUAGGUACUUUGUUAAGCACCCGCUUCAACCAAAAGUGGUGAUUCAGCCCUACAUCGGAGGCAAUAUUAUUUUUAUCUUUAUUUUUUAUUACCUAGAUCUUCGAUGGAAACGAUCUUCUCGAUCGUGCUCAUCACCCGGAGAGUUCCAUCCCACUAAAAGGAAAAACUAAAUCCAUUUUCCUUUUUCUCAAAAAAUCUCAACUCUCCAAGACUCCAACCAGUCACGUUGUAUGACUUGAACGUAGAAAAACCUUUGAAGGACAAAAAAUUAUUGUCUUUGCGAAACCAUCUUGACCAUGUUUUUGUCUUGAAAAACGGCAUCAAAAUGGAAAGACCCGAACAAGAGCACCAAGUGGAGAGUCUAGAGAUGAAGAGAGUAUGACGUCCAUCAGAGGAUGUGUACACGUAAAAGAAGGUUUAACAUUUGUUUUCUCCAAAAAAAAAAAUACUCACUGCCGUCACUGGCCUAAGAUCUUGCAGCGAUCUGAGGUCAAACAUAUGGCGGCCACAAGCGCCCCCAUCACCAUGAAGGAGGUUCUAGCGCAUUUUGAGGAGUUAUUUGCUCAAACCAAGUACAAGGAGGCUGCUGAGCUUGCUGCUGACUCUCCUCGAGGCAUUCUCCGGACACCUGAUACAAUUGCCAAAUUUCGGAAUGUUCAUGUACAAGCUGGACAAAAUCAUCCAUUGUUACAAUAUUUUGCGACUCUAUUGACAAAAGGAAAGCUCAAUGCAUUUGAAUCAUUGGAACUAUCUUCGCUUGUUGUGAAUCAAGGCAAGAAGAACCUCUUGGAAAACUGGUUGGCGGAUGACAAGUUGGAAUGUACCGAAGAACUUGGAGACCUUGUUAAGACUGUGGAUAAUGAUCUUGCUCUUAAAAUAUACACUAAAGCUCGGACCACCCCAAAAGUCAUUGGCAAAAUACCAAUCUACUCAAAACAGGAUGCUCCGCCGCAACAUCAAGUUUUUAUUAAUUUUCGAGGAGAACAGCUGCGCCAAAACUUUGUUAGCCAUCUCGUGGAAGCCCUUAGGAGAAAUGCGAUCAAUGUGUUUAUAGACAAUCAAGAGCUUAGAGGUGAAGAUAUCAGCAUUCUUUUGAAGAGGAUCGAGGAUUCUAGAAUCGCCAUUGUUGUGUUCUCGAGCAGGUACACAGAAUCAAGGUGGUGCUUGAGAGAGGCUGUGAAGAUCAAAGAAUGUGUGGAGCAAGACAUGCUAAAGGUGCUUCCCAUCUUCUACAAGGUGACUACAACCGGUGUGAAACAACUCAAAGGAGAGUUUGGUGACCAUUUCAGAGAUCGAGAGUGGGAAUAUCGGUUUGACAAACCGAGAAUUGAGAGAUGGAAAGAGGCGUUGGCCUUUCUUUCUGGUAAGCUUGGCCUCACGUUUGAUGAGAAAAGCUCGGAGAGUGAUUUCAUUGAAUCAAUCGUUAAGGAAGUCUUGAGAUUGCUAGCAAGUAUUCCGUCGACUGUGUAAACUGUGAAUUCUUAAAUCUCUAUAUCGAAGAUAACUUAGAGAGAAAAAUGUUUAUAUUUAGGAUCAAAUAUACAAUGAACCGUCAAAGUCUGAAUAUGUAUAUAUAAACCUGUGAAAUUUAAUAUGUUUGGCGGAUAAAUUUUUCUCUAAAUUCUCGAUAUUUUCUCUCUCGACAUUUCACUAGAAAAUAGCUCUGAAAUAGCCGAUUAUGCUCGACAUUUUCUUCUUCUUAGACCUGA